UUGUGACUUGGGGUUUCGCUGACCGCAUGCGUUGGGCCGUACGCUUAUACAAGCUGAUAACCUCGGGGCUCAUGUAAUUCAUUUGCUGAUUGUUCACGAUGACAUUAAAAGGAAAGGGACUACAAUACCCAGACUGCCCAGCGUUUUCGAAAAUACGCCCAUCCAUAAUCUGGUAGUAGUUUUACGGACGACCGCUAUCAGCAGGUUUGGCAGUUUUCAAGGUCCCAAUCUGUAGCGCUGGAUCAUGUCUGACCUUGUGACUCUGAACGUGGGAGGAAAGGUCUACACCACAUCCAGGUCAACUCUGACUCGGUUCCCAGACUCCAUGCUGGGGACGAUGUUCAGCACCGCGAUCCCUGUAAAAAAAGACAGCCAGGGCCACUAUUUCAUCGAUCGUGAUGGAAAAACCUUUCGGCACAUCCUCAACUUCCUCAGAACCUCACACCUCGACCUCCCCGACAAUUACAAAGAAAUUAAACUACUGAAAAGGGAGGCAGAUUUUUAUCAGAUUGAGCCAUUGAUUGAGGCUGUGCAGCAGAAGGAAGCAGAGAUCAUGGCGGUGGGGCAGAAUGCUAUGAUGAACAUCAGCCUUGACCAGAAAGUCCAGACAGUCCACUUCACGGUGAGAGAGGCCCCUCAGGUCUACAGCCUCUUGUCUUCCAGCAUGGAAGUUUUCAUUGCCAAUAUAUUUUGCACUUGUGCUAUGUUUUUGAACCACCUUGGCGCAAAGUUCUUCUACUAUUUCAAUGGCAACCUCUCCCCUGUUUGCAGUAAAGCUGAAGACCGGAAUCGCAUUGUUCUGGAGUGGGUGGGGUCAGUGGGUGGACUCCCAGAAGAAGAAUACACAAGACAGAAUUUGAAGAGGCUUUGGGUGUUAAACAAGGAGGUCAAUGGUUUCAGUGUCUUUGUUGAAGAGGUUUUGAAAAUAGCCACAAGUUGUGGUUUCUCCAUGGAUCCCACAUACCCCAGCUCCAGUGACUUUCUGAAUAAUAAAAUUAUCAGAUUAACUCGCUACAGAUAGAGCACUAUCACUCUGAUACUAAAUGUCUUGAAAAUAUUUCAGAACCUUGUUUGUGGCUUUAUCUAGUUUUUUUUUUAAAGAAUUACAACAUUUGAUCACUGCACUAAAGCAUACUAUGGGCUUAUUGCAAGUACAUUUUGUGCUCUGUUUAAAAUAUUAACAUACAAUCACUCAGAAACAUCAUUUUUGAGCAUAUUGAAUGUGUCAGUGAGUUCCACUACUUUUUUGCCAGCCGUAAAAUUGGACUAGUUUCAAGAGGGAAUUAGACACAUCUUGAAUAUAAACUAUGUGGACCAUGCUUUUAUGGUUUUGUUACUUUGUUGCAACUGUUUCAUUUUCAGAACUCUUUGCAUGAGAGGGGCACCUUUUUUAUUAAUAUAUAUCAAAAAAGGCAUUUCCACAAAAUGUGGUGAAAAUAAAGAACUGAA